AUGGCAUUAGUAUCACAUCAUACGGGAACCGGAAAUAUUGUUGCUGGACCGGCAUCAAUGUAUGCCGGACCAGGUGCUGCAGGUGCUGCAGCUGCUGCUGCUGCAUUAGCAAAAGAAUCAUCCAGACAUGGUACCACAUUGAAUGGUAAAAGUGCUGCAGCAAAAUUGCUACAAAAUUCUUAUCAUAAUGGACAUUUAUCACAGGAAAUGCUGUACAAAUGA